AUGAGCUCGAUUCGAGCCUAUACUGGUGCCGUUGGGGCAGGUGCCUACUCCGCCACCAAAGGUGCUCUCGAAAUCAAACCUACUAGGCAUGGUAGAUUGCUAUUAUCGGACCAACAUCUUCGCCCCUCCAACAUCAAGUUCGGCCAUCCUAGCAUCCCGGAUUAUGCAGAAUUCAACAAGCUAUACCAGGCUGGAGUCAGUGCGUUGUAUAGUACCCAACAAGGCGAUCCGAGGAAGGCGGCGGAUCGCAUCGUGGAUAUGGUACGGUCAGAAGGCAGGACCGCAGGCAAGUCCAUACCUACUAGAUUUCCCGUCGGUGCGGACGCGGUCGAAAAAAUCCGUGGUAGUUGCUCGAAGAAGAUGGAAAUCUGUGAUGAGUGGGAGGCUUUCAGCAGCGAUACCAAAUUCGACCCCCAGGAGUGA